UUGUCCUGUCUUCGUUUUUUUCGAGAUCGAUGCUCUCUGCAGCCGCCUGUGAUGUCUUUGAAGCGGUACAUGGCGCUUCCUGAGUGCUUCUCUGUGUUCUAAAAAAGGGGACAGCGCAAGGAAACAGACCCACAUGGGGUACCACUCGUCAGCCAGCGAGGACGACGGCCGCAGCAGCCGGAGGACGAAGAAGCACCGGCGCCGCUCUUCGUCCUCAUCCUCGUCCAGCUCAUCUGGGAGCCGCGUGACCAGCCGCAGCAAGCGGCCCGGCCGUAGGUCGCGGUCGAGAGACAGAAGGCGCCGGCGUCGCUCCAGCAGCAGCUCGUCACGCGACUCGUCCCGGAGGAAGAGGAGCAGCCACAGCGCUGACCGAAGCCGGGCACGGCGCUCCAGGAGGUCCCGCAGCAGGAACAGGAGGUCUCGCUCCCGCCAUCGCCGAUCGCGCAGCCGCAGCAGCGGCCGCUCCAGCCACAAGCGCAGCCGCAGCCGAUCACGAGACCGGGGAGGCCGCCGCAAGACCCGAGACAAGGAGAAGGGGCGUGACCGGGAGCGGGAGCGAGCUCGGGACAGAGACAGAGAGCGGGAGAAGGAGAAGGAGAAGAAGGAGAAGGAGAAGGAGGCGCGCGCGGAGAAGCAGCGGGAUGCGGCAAUCAUCAGAGCCAGUUUAGAACAUCUGACCCCAGCAGAGCAAGCGAAGGCUAGACUCCAGCUAGUCCUACAGGCAGCAGCUAAAACAGAUGAGGUGCUAAAAGCCAAGGAGAAGAAGGAGGAAGAGGCGAGGAAGAAGAGGGAGGAAGAGGAGGCGUCGCUGGAGGAGCAAGUAAGGAGGAUAAAGGACAUCGAAGCCAUCGAGAGCGAGUCCUUUGUUGCUCAGGCUUUCAAAUCAACCAGAGACGGCAAAAAGGCAGCUGAACCAGCAGAAGUCAAACAGGAGUCCGAUUCUGAGUCUGAUGUUACCGCUGACAAGCUAGAGGUGUCCUUUCCCCUGACCAUCCGUUACCAGGACAGUGACACGCUGGCUCACCCCAACCUGUUCAUGGAGAAGGAGAAGGCGGAGGAGAUGUGGAUGAGCAGGCUGGUUGCUCUACGGCAGGAGAGGCUCAUGGGUAGCCCUGUGCCCUGAGUGCAGCUGGAUCCAUCGAGACCCAUCAGAGAAGUAGCCUGGCAGGAUUAGUGCAGUGGGCUUCUGCAGUGAGGGUUUCUGUGAAGCUCACUGCUCACCCCUUUGUACCCAAGGACAUUUUCAUGUGGAUAACCUGAUCUGGGAAUAUGCCUCAUUUGUUUCUGAUUUCUACUGUAAAUUGCAGUGUUUAUGCUAUGUUUUAUUUUUGUGUUCUUUUAGGUUUUGUACCAUGUUUUGAUUCAUUGUUAUUGAAAUAAACUUCCAUCUCUACCAAUUUA